AGGCGGGGCGGGGCCGGCCCCAGGCGGGGCGGGGCCACGGGGCUCGCGGGCUCCUUUUAACCCCCGUGCUCGGUUGGUUGCGGUCGCGUCCCUCCGUCCCAUUCCAUCGCAUCGCAUCCCGUCCCCUCCCCUCCUCUCCUCGCCGGUGUGCGCCGCGGCGGCGGGGCCUGGGCAGCGCCCGGCUCACCUGGCUUUGAAGAGAAUUCCAGACUUGUGACCAGCAGUACUCAGUCUUCUGAAGAAAGUCUGGUCUACUGUGCCAUCGCCUUCACCAAAGGACAUGGAGAACGUGAUAUCAGAAAGGCCUGUUUCUGUGUCUAAGCAUGAAAUGCCUAUACUUCUUUCCCAGGAGAAGCCAAAUACAAACUCAUGUCCUCACGCACCUGGCAAACAUUUUCUCCCUGAUGGGAUGGACAAUGAGAACUGCAAGGCUAAUGAGAAGGAAAGAGUGUGGAUCCGCCCUGAUGCACCUAGCAAAUGCACGUGGAAGCUUGGGAAACCCCUCUCGGCCUCCCCUCAUCGCCAUACUACUCUGCCAGAACCUCUGAAAAUCCUGCCAAGCAUCCUGAAUAAAAUUGGCAGUACUCCCUUGGUGCGAAUCAACAAGAUUGGGAAGCAGUAUGGGCUCAAGUGUGAACUCUUGGCAAAAUGUGAAUUCUUCAAUGCUGGGGGCAGUGUGAAGGACCGCAUCAGCCUGAGGAUGGUAGAGGAUGCUGAAAAAGCUGGGAUCUUGAAGCCUGGGGACACUAUCAUAGAGCCAACCUCUGGAAACACAGGAAUUGGGCUGGCCUUGGCUGCAGCAGUGAAGGGUUACCGCUGUAUCAUUGUGAUGCCAGAGAAAAUGAGCAUGGAGAAGGUGGAUGUCCUGAGAGCUCUGGGUGCUGAAAUUGUGAGGACCCCAACUACUGCCAGAUUCGAUUCUCCUGAAUCUCACGUGGGAGUAGCAUGGAGACUUAAAAAUGAAAUCCCCAAUGCGCACAUACUAGACCAGUACCGUAAUGCCAGCAACCCCCUGGCGCACUAUGACACCACAGCUGAAGAGAUCAUACAGCAGUGUGAAGGAAAAAUAGACAUGCUGGUAGCUACAGCUGGCACAGGAGGUACUAUCACUGGCCUCUCCAGAAAGCUGAAGGAGAAGUGUCCAGGUUGCAAAAUUAUAGGUGUCGAUCCUGAAGGCUCCAUCCUGGCUACACCAGAAGAACUGAACAAGACUGACAAGACAAUGUAUGAAGUAGAAGGAAUUGGAUACGAUUUUGUCCCUACAGUAUUGGAUAGAUUUGCAGUGGACCAGUGGUACAAGAGCAAUGAUGAGGAGUCGUUUGCUUUAGCUCGCAUGCUGAUCCGAGAGGAAGGACUGCUGUGUGGUGGCAGCUCAGGCAGUGCCAUGUCUGCAGCUGUGAAGGCAGCCAAAGAGCUGAAGGAAGGUCAGCGCUGUGUUGUGAUCCUCCCUGACUCUGUCAGGAACUACAUGUCCAAGUUCUUGAGUGACAAAUGGAUGAUUCAGAAAGGGUUCAUGAAAGAAGAAGACCUUGUAAAAAAACCUUGGUGGUGGAACAUCAGUGUUCAGGAACUGAGCCUGUCUGCUCCCCUGACUGUGCUUCCAACUGUUACCUGUGCAAAGACUAUUGAAAUUCUCCGGGAGAAGGGAUUCGACCAGGUACCAGUUGUUGAUGAAUCUGGGGUGAUUUUGGGCAUGGUUACCCUGGGUAACAUGCUUUCUUCACUGCUUGCUGGAAAAGUUCAGCCUUUUGAUGAAGUCAGCAAAGUAAUUUACAAGCAAUUUAAACAGAUUAACCUGAAAGACAGCUUGGGGAGACUCUCUCAUAUCCUGGAAAUAGACCACUUUGCUCUAGUGGUUCAUGAACAAAUUCAAUAUCACACUGAUGGUUCCUCCAGUAAGCGGCAGAUGGUGUUUGGCAUCGUUACAGCCAUCGACCUGCUUAACUUUGUGACUGCACGAGAACGGGAACGAAAGCCCAACUAAAGUCAAGUAGCAACAUGGAGCCUCUUCAACAACAUUUUGCAAUCUCCAACAAAGAAUCAGGUUUAUUUCUUAGGUAGAAUGGUCUGUCCAUAGAGUGUGUCUUGUUUUGUUUGUUAAUUUUGAAAAUAAACAGUUAUCUAUCCUGGUGUCAGCUACACAGCCAGUGCAUUGCUGUAUUGCACAGCUUUUGUGGACUUCUUUCUUCAUCAGAUUACACAAUAUUUCUUAUCAAGACAAUUUUUUUAACCUAUACACAGAUGUAAAAAAUAUUGCCUAAAUUAACUGUUAUGUUCUUUACUUGUUUUAUCUAAAGUGCGGCUUUCCAAAACAUUGUUUCAGAUUCAUAAAAUGUGUUAAAAUAGAGUUACUGAAGCAGAGACCGGAAAGAGCUCUGGAAAGUGUUGUGGGUUUUUUAUUUGUUUGGUGGUUUUUUGUGCAAGAGUGUUAAGUUAGGUAAUAUCUGUAUGGAGACAAAAAUGGGAUUGGGGCAUGGAGAGAAGAAAGGAGGGUUUCCCUUUUGGUGACAUAAAUGUAAAACAGGAGGAAAUCCUGAGGGCUGGGCUUGAGGCUUGUUUCAAUGAGUUGCUCUGAGGAAAAACGGACUUGAGUGGAAGCCUGCCAGCGAAGUGACAAACAUAAACUAGUGACUUUGUUCUGCACAGUGCACCAGCUUUCACUGCAAAGGCAGACCUUUUUUUUCCAGUUGUACACCGAUAAGUAAGCACAAGUGAAAAGAUUAGAAGCUAAGAUCAAGCUUCUUGCCUGAAGCUUUUUGAAAAUCAUGCUGUUUCAUCCAGCACCUUCCCCUUACCUCCCCACCCUCUUAUUUAUCUUAAAGUGCUUCUUUUUAUGCCUGUUUUAGAUGAGCCAAAGGUAUUGUGUCAGGAGCUGUAAACUCUUUCAAGUCCUAUUCAAGUGCUCCUACACUGUAGUGCCUUAUUCCAGGAGAAAAACCCUACUGUUAAUUGAAUUCACUGUAGUGAAGUUUGGAAGUAACUGGAAAACAUGGUGUGAGCAGGUACUGUCAAGACCAAUAUGCAGUAGGUGUUUUUCAGUUGUGUUUGACUUGCGUAGCUGUGAGAAGGUUUGGCACUGACAGCCCCAUCCAUAUGCUGCUGUGCUGGGGCUGCCGACUGCAGCUGGUGGCAAUGACAAGAGCCAUCACCCUGUGGUUACAGUGGAAAAGUAGCUGUUCUUCAUCUUCAUAAGAAAGAAGUGCCUAUAAGGAAUAUGGGGAUAGACAUUUUAGCAGGUUUUCUUGCAAAAGGAUGAGGGGUGGUGGUUUCAAACUAAAGGAGGGCAGAUUCAGGCCAGACACGAGAUAAGAAAUUUUUUACAAUGCGGGUUGUGAAACACUGGCCCAGGUUGCCCAGAGAGGUGGUAGAUGCCCCAUCCCUGGAGACAUUCCAGGCCAGGCUGGACGGGGCUCUGAGCAACCUGAUCUAGUUGAAGAUGUCCCUGCUCAUGGCAGGGGGGUUGGACUAGAUGAGCUUUGAAGGUGCCUUCCAACCCAAACUAUUCUAUGAUUCUAUAAAGACUGCUCUAAUCACCUUCCGACUGGUCUUUUGCCAAUAAUAAGGUUUUUGAUCAGCAAGAGCAACACUUUUCUUAGCUUGUCUCUCUACUGAAGUAGAAAAAUACUAUUUAGGCUGGGGCCAUUGCGGGUAGGAUAACAAAGUCUUUUAGAAGCUGAAAGCCAGGAGUUGUGAGUCAGCUAAGAGAAAACAAAAGGACUAGUUACAAAUCAAAAAUAAUACAUGCUGUAUAUAGAUUUAUUUCUACCUUGCUGGCCUCCCUGUGACAGUGGAAUUUGUUUUCCAUUUUGUCAGUACAUUGUCAGAGGAGAGAAGUGGUGGAAGCCACCUCGUUCCAUCAGAUGACGCAUACUUACCUUAAACUGUGGUUCAACCAUUAAACUCAUAUGCUGCUUUAAGAUUUAAGACGUCUUUUCCCACAGCUCUGGAAAAAAGCUACUAUGAAGUCAAAAAAUGUGCAGCUUCAAUAAUAAUUGGUUCUAAAGGAUGGCUGAGUUCUGGGUUUGGUUUUUUUUUUACCUGUAUGCUGUGCAGUGAUUCCUUUCUCACUGUUCUCACUCACUGUAGUAGCAACCCUGGCUUGGGUGCUCUGAGCAGUGGAAAGUUGGACUAGUGUGAGUAUCAGAUGUGCGUACCUGUGUGUUAAAGACACUUUUCAAAGUUGGCUUAGCUUUUCUAGGCUGAGCAGCUCUGUCUUACUUCUGUUGCUGCUUGGCAGAGCCUAGUAAAUUAUCUUUCGAAGUGUGUUUUGCAUUUUCAGUUUCAUAAAUCAAUCUCCGUAGUGUUAAAAAACAGGUAGUAUUGCUGACUAAGAAAGAGGGGUGGUUAGAGCUGGAAAGGAAGAGGGGAUGUGAGCCUAAAGCAAUCCAAGUAAGUCAAAGUCUUGAAAGAAACCAACCUGCGCCACUCCACCUGUGCAGUUUGGUAAGAGCAGGAGCUGUGUCAGGACACAGGAACAGGUUCUACACUGACAUGGUAAGGAAACGACAGCCACCAGCCACUUGAAUUCACUGUAGCAACCCUGUUUGACCAGAGGAUUUGGUGAGAUAAAUGGGGUUGCUGAAUGACUGAAAAACUUUCCAGAGCUCUUUCUCAUAGUAGGGAUGAAGGUGACAAAGAGAAGGGGAGAAGGAAUCCUGCAAAAUUGAAGUUUUUCUGAUGCAAAAACUUAUGAGUGUGAUAUAUUUCUGCAUGUUUGAGAAUGUUGUUACUAGCCUGGUCCUGGUUAGUGGUAUCAGCAGCUGUAUUACCGCUGGAUUCAUCUCUCUCUUUCAGAUACUGUGAGGACCAAAAAAUACAUUGCAGUUUGGUUGGUCUUUAACCUGAAAUUCAUGUCCAGAGCUCAAACAAAGCUGUAUUUUUUCCGAAAGUAGGUGCCGAUGUCUUCUGUUUACCUGUGCUGGCUAAACAAGUGCUGACCAUAUGCCUGAAAACUGUUUUGCACAUGGAUGCUUAUAUCAACAAUUUAUGCUGUAUUUGUUUGUCACUGUAAGAGAAUAUCAAUCCUUUUGGUCUGAUGUUGGCUCUGCAAAAACAAUUUUCUUACCUGAAGACAAUUGUCCAGUAAACUCUGUAUAAUAUUUUGCAAGCAGUUAUCAGGCAAUGACUUAAGGAUCAUUUUGAAGUUGUCAUGUCCAGUGUUAUUUCCUGCUUCUUGCACAAGCUGUGGUGGACUCCAGAACUCUGUCUAGCUGAGUUUCCUCUAAGCAACCAGACCAGUCUCAUCUGCCCACCAAGCUCAUCACUAAAUGGUUUCUGGAAACUUCUGUGCGCUGUUAAGAAUGUCACACAAUAUGCUCACUGUUAGGCGUUGCCUAGCAUUGUCCCUGUCACCCAACAGCCUGUCUUGCUGUGUAGUGUCGAGACACUACCAUGGCACAAAGGCAAGUAUUGUUAUGCUUUAAGGAGCUGGGAAAAAUCAAUACUAUGUGCCGCAUUGCACAAAUGUUCAGAAAUGUACAGUACAAAAGUUCAAUAAAAGUUGUUUGAUUGCAGAA